CCUCUCUCCUCUCCUCUCUUUGAUGAUCAAAGGAUGGGUCUUUGCCUCUUCUUCCUCCAUCUAACUAUUUUGCUGUCUGUCAACGAGUUUGCUCCUCUCUGCUCCCCACUACUACUAGCGGAUGACAUCAUCGCCGUCAACUGCGGCUCCUCUGGCAACUCAACUGCUCUAGAUGGCCGCCAAUGGGCUGGCGACGUUGCUUCCAGAUACAUCAUUUUGCAAGGAUCCAGAGGCAGACGCAAUUUGGUAAGCUCCUCUCCCGUUGGAAAGCACCUAAUUCCUCCUCCUCAUCCUGUCCCCUACAUGACCGCCCAGAUUUCUCGGUCCACGUUCACCUACACUUUCCAUGUCACUCCGGGCCAAAAAUUCAUCCGCCUACAUUUCUACCCAACUGAAUACCCUGGCUUCGAGAGGUCCAAGGCCUUUAUUACUGUAAAAGCCGGUCCCUAUACCCUCCUCAGCAACUUCAGUGCUGCCCUUACCGCUGAUGUUUUGGCCUUACCAUCAUUUGCUAAAGAAUUUUGCGUACAUGUGGAAGAUAGUCAACCAUUAAUCCUAACAUUUUCUCCCUCUUCAGAGGAAGCCUAUGCUUUUGUCAAUGGGAUUGAGAUUGUCUCGAUCCCAACUGGAUUAUAUCAUUCCCGUGAGGGUGAUGAUCCAGGUGUACACGCUGUUGGCAAGAAAUUUAGAUACCCGAUCUUCUUGGAUACAAGCUUUGCACUUGAGACAGUGCAUCGCUUAAAUGUUGGCGGAAGCACCAUUUCACCCAUAGAUGAUACUGGCAUGUUCCGAGAGUGGUUUGAGGACUCCAAUUAUUUUUUAGAAUCAAGCGCCCUGCCAGUUACUACCACAAUUGGGAUCAACUACGCAGUUAUACCCACAUACUCUGCGCCUACGAGAGUUUACCAAACAUCCCGGUCAAUGACUCGGGACAUGCAAGCGAAGGAGCGUAUCAGUUUUACGUGGAAGCUACCUGUAGAUCAAGGUUUCAGGUACCUGCUUAGGUUCCAUUUCUGUGAGCUUGAGUACGAGAUUAAAGAAGUUGGCCAAAUGGAGUUCAGCAUAUUCAUUGAUAAUCAGAUUGCUGAGGCUAAUGCUGACCUUAUCAAAUGGGCUGGUGGAAAUGGCAUUGCAGUGUACAGAGACUACAUGGUGAUGAUGGAAGGAGAUCGGACAGUGGGCAAGCGGGAUAUGACAAUAACUCUAAGCCCUCACAAGAGCCACGACAACAUGGGGAACAUGGAACACAGUGCUGAUGCAAUUCUAAAGGGGCUGGAGGUGUUCAAGUUGAGCAACCCUGACAACAACCUUGCCGGGGUGAACAUGGUUCCCAUUGCACAUGCUUCGACAUCUCAUAAUUCAAAGCCUCAGAAGUUAGUGCUUGGUUAUGGCAUUUAUACCAUUGCAAAUAGUCUAAUAAUUUUACUCAUCACAUUGAAUGUUGUUGUUUAUCCAUUGGCCUAUUUGGGUCAAAAAUCUGGACAACAAGACACCCUAUCAUCAUUACCUUCGGAAGGGCCAUAUCACCGCUUCUCACUUGCUGAGCUCCAAUCAGCAACCAGAAACUUUGAUGACGGAUUGGUCAUUGGAAGUGGUGGAUUUGGUAACGUUUAUAAAGGACUCAUUAAUGGAGGGACAACUACAGUUGCCAUUAAGCGGAUGAAACCAAAGUCUAAGCAAGGCCCAAAUGAGUUUUGGAUGGAGAUUGAUACGAUUUCUAAAUUUCGACACAAGCAUCUUGUUACCCUUCUGGGCUACUGUGAUGAAUGCGAUCAGAAGAUCCUGGUGUAUGAGUAUAUGGAUCAGGGUGCACUUGCUAAACAUCUAUACAGCAAGAAUACUGAAGAAAAUGGUAACGUUUGUCAUAUUUCGUGGGAAAAAAGGCUCAAGAUUUGCAUUGGUGCUGCCCGUGGGUUGGAUUACCUCCACACUGGUAUUCAGGGCGGUGUCAAACAUAGAGACGUGAAGACCACUAACAUUUUAUUGAACAAGGACAUGGUGGCUAAGGUUUCAGAUUUUGGAUUAUGUAAAAUGGUUAGCACAAGCCACUCUGUUUCCCAUGUUAGCACUGUUGUUAAAGGCACAUUUGGUUAUUUUGAUCCACAUUAUUUCUCAACCCACAAACUAACCAAGAAAUCAGAUGUGUACGCCUUUGGCGUGGUGCUCUUAGAAGUGCUUUGUGGGAGGCCAGCAGUGGAUUUAAGUCUCGAGGAGGAGCAACACAGUCUAUCCCUUUGGGCUCAAGGCCGCAUCAAAGAUGGAAAACUUGAUGAAAUUAUUGACCCCAUUUUGAGGGAUGAACUACCAGUACCAUCAAAAAGCCUUGAGGUGUUUGCAGAAGUUGCUAGGAAAUGUCUGCACACUCGUCCAAAUAGACGCCCUACAAUGGCUGAUGUGGCGGUGAGUCUUGAGCAUGCAUUAUCUGAAAUCUGCUCCCCUUCCACUCCAGUGCAAUAUAAUGAGAAUAUACCCCUAAGCAAGAAUAGGGCAGAGGGAAAGUCCACCAAGGUGUUCCAGAUGAUCAAUUUUGCAAGUUCAGCCAGAAUGAGGAUACCCUGGAUACUCAACUUGGCUCAUCGUUUAGAUAAAAUUUCCACUCCAGGGAAUGAACAGAUCAACACAUCCGCAACUGCUGGCACUCAGCCAUAUCGCAAUGGGCAGGGCUUACCCACCCCCAAUUUAAGGAUAUUCAGUUUUCCAGAAUUGGAAAAGGCUACCAAAAAUUUCAGUUGGGAUAUGUUCUUGGGACACGGGUUUUUUGGAACAGUCUACAAAGGUUGGCUUACAGAGGGAGUGCCGUUAAAGAACAGUAGUAAAUCAGCCGUUGCCAUCAGGAAGUUGUCGUGUCAGUACAUUCAAGAUUGUCUCCAGUUAUAUUCCCCAAAAGCCUUCUGCUUGCUGCUUAUUAUUCAAUCUCUACAGCGUGAGAUUGAUAUCCUAGGAAAGAUUUCUCAUCCUAACAUAGUUAAGCUAUUGGGAUAUUGUCGGGAGGAUAAAGAGCAACUACUUGUCUAUGAGUUCAUGGAGAAUUGCAGUUUGGACAAACAUCUUUUUGGAAGGGGCCUUUCUUCUCAGCUACUUCCAUGGGAGAAAAGGCUUAAGAUCUUAAUAGGAGCAGCAAAAGGCCUGGCAUUUUUGCACUCAUCACAAAAGCGAAUAAUACAUAGAAAUUUCAAGAGCUCAGCUAUAUUGCUUGACAGUUCCUACAAUGCCAAGAUCUCGGCCUUUUGUUUAUCAAGAGUUGGUCCCUCAACUACUGAAACACACGUGUCAACAAGAAUUGUGGAGUACAAUAUCCAUCAUCUUGCCCCAGAGUAUGUUGCCAGAGGGCAUCUGUCUGUGGCCACCGACGUGUAUGCUGUUGGUGUUGUAAUACUUGAGAUGCUAACAGGCUUACCAGUAGAACUCCGUCGUCUCGAAGAAAAACAGAAUCUGAAUGACUGGGUCAGACCAUAUUUAUUCGGCAGAAGAGAGUUGGAUAGCAUUAUGGACUCUCGAUUGGAAGGGAAGUAUCCUGCCGAAGAUGUAUUGCAAAUCCUUCAGCUCAUUCUAAAAUGUCUUGAAUCUCAGCCUGAAAAAAGGCCAUCUAUAAAACAAGUAGUGGAGACACUGGAGAGCCUUGAAAAAGUCUGAAAGAACUAACAUGAGGUGGUAUAUAUAUAUCCACUACUACUUACAGCCUAGCUAGCUAAGCGUGCAAUUCUUUCAUAUCGACUAUUUAUGUUUGAAGGAAGAGAGCUGGAUGGUAACUGUUCAUGUAAGCAGGGUAAGCAGCUGCCUGAUAUUAGAUUGCACCUUAUGAUUACUUCAUUGCUUAAACUGAUGACGAAGGGCAGGGCAUUCAUAAAUUGUAUUUGCUGAUAGACUUCCCAUGAAUUCUCUGCCCUCAUGUCAGGCAUCAGUUACACACUUUCCUUUAUCCUUAACAUCAGCAAAUAAAUAUAUUUUUGUUCUUCUGACUGCACCUU